GCUUGCACAGCCACAAUCCAAACUUCAUCAUGACUUCGACGGAACGGCUCAUAAGUUCUAACCUCUCGCGACCUACUCGCCCCAAUAUCGUUUGCGCGGUAUCAUACCGUGGGUGUCGGGCCCGAGGAUCUAGUGGUGCUGAUAGUAGAUGCUUCUUUCAUUCUAGUCACCGGCCGUUCCGGUCACCGGUAGUAGCGGGACAUGACAGACAGCACUCAGAAAUAUACUGUAAAAUGAAUCACUCUUCUUCUUUGUAUCCCAAUCUACAUCUCAUUAAUCAUUCUCGAGCUCCAUAGAAUCUGAAUUCUAUGGCUACGGUGGCAUACAACGAAAGCGUGGCGUCCCUGAUGACUGGUCUCGGUAUAUCAUCGAUUGUUUUCUUGAUUUUGACUGCGCAAGUCUGGAUCUAUUUCAGGAGGCAUACUAUUCGAUCUCGAGAAAACUGGCAGAGCAAACUCCUGGUUGCCAUCAUUUGGUUGAUGCAAGCUGCUCAAAUGGGAAUGACUUCUCGGAUCGUGAGCGUUCGUUCAGUGGAUUUCGAGGAUUUCCCCCAAUUCAUUAGCCGUAUCUCGAUAGAAUGGGCGAUUUACACUGGAAUAUGUACCUUCACAACAUCUCUUGUGCAUGCCGUUUUUAUCUGUCGGGUUUGCAGACUUGAGAAGAGUCUCUGUGAUAAAUGGAGAAUGUCAUUUGUUCUGGUAGGGACUGCAUUGGGCUGCCUCGGAAAAGUGAUUUAUCCUGCAACGGAGAGUUGUUGUUUAAUCAAUGGAAAUAGUCUUUGGUUUUCUCAAGGCUAUUUGUAUGAUAUAGCUUCAAAAUAAGUGAUUAUACUUACUACACAAUGGCUCUUUGGGCUCCCCCGAUCUCAAUUGG